CAUGAGAUGCAACAUUGUAAUAAGUGGGUUAAAUAAGAUAUGAAGGUAAUAGGUAGCCUACAGAGAGUAUUAAGAGACUGAACAUAAAAUAGCUAACUGGAUUAUUAUGUGACUAAUGGGUUAUUCAGCCCUACCAGUGAGAGCAAUAUAUUGAGGAAUAUGGUAGUCCUUAGUCAUUAUUCAAUGGAUAAAGCAUAUAAGUGUAUAACAAAGGAUGUGAGGCCUAAGGUACAACAUAGGUGUUCCUAAAUCUAGGAGGUAGUUCUUGAUGCACUUAAUUUUGUUCUACAAGGAUUGCUUUGAAAUCUGGUUCUUCCUUCUUUAGAAGGAUGGUUGAAACAAGACCUUACUGCAGUCAGUGGAAAUAUUAUCAUCACUGUACAUGAGGCCGUAAUUUAAAAUGCACUUCUCUAAAAGCCAACAUGAAGGAAUUUUCCUUGCUUGCACACAGAAUGAAACUUCUUUGUGUGUUUAUUCACUGCAGCCAUCAUGCUGGAAGGUUGCAAAAUGCACCUUUUGGCUUCAUUUCAGGUUGUGAUUCAUUUUAACACCCGUGAUGCCAGUUAAGUGUCUGCAGAGAGAGAACAUGUGCUGUGGACUCAGACUGCAUCUGAAUGUUACUGUGUCUAACAGCAUAACUGCAGGUUGAUCCACUGACAGCUCUUAAAGGUUGUUCAUAUACUUCCUUAUGUUCAACAGAUUUAUCUCAGCCUAAAGCCUCCCCAGAGCAAGGAUGCUGAUUCUCCUGGCCUUCAUUAUUGUGUUUCACAUAACCUCAGCAGCGCUGCUGUUCAUCUCAACUAUCGACAAUGCCUGGUGGGUGGGAGAUAACUUUUCUACAGAUGUCUGGAGAAUGUGUGACACGAAUACGAGCACCUGUAUGGCUAUCACUGAUGAGUUCCAUGAGUAUCAAUCAAUUCAGGCUGUUCAGGCCACCAUGAUCCUGUCUACAAUUUUCUGCUGUGUGGCAUUCCUGGUUUUCAUUCUUCAACUCUUCCGUCUAAAACAAGGAGAAAGAUUUGUGUUAACCUCUGUUAUCCAGCUCCUGUCAUGUCUGUGUGUUAUGAUUGCAGCUUCCAUUUACACAGACAGGCAUGAAGACCUGCACCGAAGCAAUGGAUAUGGAAUGGAAGUUUCCAAAGGCCAAUAUGGCUAUUCCUUUGUCUUAGCCUGGAUUGCAUUUGCCUUCACCCUGAUCAGUGGAGUGAUGUACUUAGUAUUAAGGAAGCGUAAAUAAAUGUCAGCACCUAGUUAUUUCUGUCACUGCAGUACAAAACCAAAUUCCAGUAACCAUUUUGUAUAUAAUCAUCUACGUGGUUUUGUAGUAAAGGUAUUGUUUCUCUAAAAAUGUACUGUGUUCUUGAUAUGAAACAGAAUUAAAAAAAGAAAAAAGGCAGGUGAAAUGAAAUGCCUGGCACUCCAGGUCAGGGGUCAGAACAAGACAGAUUUCAUCAUCAUAAAUGGUUCUCCUUUAUUAGACAUUAACAGUUUGUUCCUGGCCUCUAGUAGAUUACAAAUAAAGCUCGCACAAAUUAAUUUGUAAGCAAUAUACUAACUAUGUUCCUGGACCAGAUACCUCUCUUUGAAAUAUGUUAAAUAAAUGGGUGUGUAAAAAAAAUGAGGCCCAGAUGACAAUGAAAAAGCAAACUAUUCUAAAGCCCAAAGCUGCACUCAGAGCGUCUGCCCUGGCUCAGGACCAAUGUUCUGCUCUUUAUAAUGUGCAGUAAGUGUCAUCAAGUUUUUAUUAAAACCACUUGCUCUGCAAAAGUAAACAAGUCCUUUUUGUACUCCAGCAAAUGUUUCUCUUGAUUGUCUUUCACAUUUAAUUUAAGCACACAGAGCCUUUGGUGGGAGCACUUAUCAGCCAAGUCCCUGUCCAGCGGGGGCCCAGCACAGCUGGGGCCGUGAGGAACUCCCCAGCCCUGAAUCCCUUCAGCUUAGCCUUGGGCAGCCUUGCUGGGAGGGAGAAAAGGGAAAUAGAAAAGCAUUACUGUGCCUACAUCUGCAGAUUUCUAAGCAGACUAGUGAUCAAGCAAUGCCAAAUUUAGGUUUUUACAGCCAAACUCAACAUAUUUAUUACACUAGGCUUUUAUCAUGUGGUGAUUUCAUGGUUAAUGUGUCCUGUACAAAAGCAUUCCCUGAGUCUGCCCAUUAGGAAAUUGGCCUUUUAAAAAUUCAUUUUAAAUUCCUUUGUGGAUUUUACUGGAACUAAACACUGCUACUAAACAAAUCAGAGUGCAAUUACUAUGCUUAUGAAUUCCAGGAUAGGUUUCAAGAUAAAAUGACUUGGUGGUUUUUAUUUUUCAGUAAUUUUGUGGGCUAAAUCUUUGCUCUAAUACCAGGCUUAACUGCUCAGCAGUGUAAUACUGGCUUUAGCUGAUUAUGAUUUUGGAGAUCAGUGUGGAGAAUGAAUGAAGUGGCCUAUUCUGAUUAGUCACAGCUUUGAUGCUUAAGUACAGAUCUGACUUUUGAAAAGCUCUAACCAUUUAUUUAUUUAUUUCAGUAUAUUCACUACAGCUGGCCCAAUACACAGUAAAAAAGUAAAUAGAGUUUGAAUGAGGUAUAACACUUAAAGGAGAACAAGUUCAGUAUCAUAAGACAGUGUAGCUCCACUGAAGUUAAUAAUUACUUCAUUAGACAUCAGCUGAUGUAGUCAGAUAAUGAAAUUUUUUGUUUUCUGAUUUAUCCUUGAUUUAUCACGAAGUAAAAGUUCAGGUGCAUAGCUUUUUAGGGGCUGUUUCCAACAUGAGUAAUGUGCCAUGUAGUUCCAUCUUCAUUCUUUCAAUGUCCUAUAAUGCCUUGGCAUGUGCUGCUUGUCUUUUGGGAGCAAAGAAAUCCCAAUAAGGCUGUUAAAAAAUUAGGAUGAGCAAGCAGGACAUCACAGUAAAACUAAUAAUAAUAGUUAAAAACUCACAUCACUUUGAAGAAAAGGAAUUCUCCCCAGUCUAACAUCAUGCUAGUAUUUUGUCAGGUGUUUUUUCCUCUUAGUGGGAGUGCUCUGAAUUUCAGUUUUUACCCUACUUUUUAAAAAAGUGUUUCUGUAAUUUGCUGAAUACAUUUCGGGUUCAAAACCUGAGUUUUUGCUAGCAGGCAGAAUUUGUCUUAAAUAAAUAGAUGCAGAUUUAAGGAUGAAAGUAGAUACUGUUAGCUAGGCAUUUUGCUACAUUUAUUAAACCAUGAAAUGUUAGCUAAGCAUUUUGCUACAUUUAUUAAACCAUGAAAUAAGAGAAAUUUUUAAGCAAGUACGGAUUAAAGCUCUAAUAUCUGGAGGACAGUCCUGAAAAAUUCUAAGUUAAGUUUUUAUGCCACUGACUUGCAGAGAUGCUUCAGUUUCUUGCCUUGAUAAUGCUCAGGUCAUUUGUAGAGCAAAUAUUUAAAAUAAAGAUAUAAAUAUAUAUGAACACAGUUUAAUUCCACAGUAAAAGCUCUGUCCCUUUAUUAAAGUGAAAAGCACACACACAACAAACACUCUGAUGCACAACACCUCCACUUUUGUACAAACACCAGCACGUGCAUGAUGCACACAGAAUAGAUGGGAAUGUUCUGCACAGCAAGUGAACAAAUACCAGAUCAGUCUGAACUAGAGUUUGAGCAGGACAAACAUAUUUUAGGGUUUUUUUCUACCUUAUAUGCCUUUAAAAUAUACCAUUUUCUAUACUCUAUAUAUUCUGAAAAUGUACAUGAAAAUAAAGUUAAAAUGAAUUCUUGUACUGUAAUAGCAAACUCAAUACAUUUAGCAAUCUGACCUUUUCUUUAAGCUUGGGAUAUAUAUACACAAUGUUGGAUGAGAAAUAGUUGAGUAUUUGUGUGAACAGGUAAAAUUAAAUUCUUCCUUCCUGUAGUAGAACCACAAGCUGAUUAUUUUGUCCUUUGUUGAAGACCUUUCAGGGUAAGCAGAGAAAAUAUUAGUGUAUUGAACUUUUAAAUGUAUGAUGUCAAAAGAAAGUCUUGAGUAAUUCAAGAUCCACUGAUGUCUGAGGAGUUAUUACUUAUAAGGGAUUUUUAAAUUUUCCAUCAUUUGCAGAAACAGUCAUAUAUUUUAAGAUGAGGUUGAGUGCCUUAACCAUAUGAGCAAAUAAUGUGAGAAACAGACCAGUGACUUCUGCAUCUGCUCUGGUGCAAGCUUUGGAUUUGGACUGACGUGCUAACAGCACACUUGGGUUUGCACAGAUCCAUCCAAAACACUCCCAUAGAAAUAAUUUCCCAAACUCCAUAAAACUUCUCCCUUCUUAUCAUAAUGAAUAAAAGUGAAAAGCCCCAAAUAUUAAAAUAUUCACUAUCAGCCGUGAAUCUACCUUUAUGUUUUUCACCCAGCAAGUAAUCAUCUGCAGUACAGGAAACAAUCUUGGAAAAACAAUCUAUAAUAUUUAUGUCAAGAUACUUAAAAAA